GCCAACCAUGACCUUUAAAGCUUCAGAUUAUAAAUACGAAUACUUCUCCGUGAGUGAGAUCCAAGAAGGAUUCAUUCAUGUUGUGUACAACCAUCCCAAGACCCUCAAUGCGUUUGCUGAACAAAAUUGGAGAGAUUACGGAGAAAUAUUCACCAGACUCGACGCCGAACAAGACGUCAAACUCAUUCUCGUUACUUCCGGUGUGGCUCGUUCCUUCUCUAGUGGAUUGAACUUGAAACAGGCAAUGGAAGUGUUUGACCCUAGUCGUACGGAGAAAGAAAGUGAAGCCCACUUGUUUACCCACAUCAAGGACUUUCAAGAUGCAAUUGGUGUGCCUGCCCGCAUCAACACUCCUACAAUUGGGAUCUUGAAUGGAAUCAACUAUGGGCUUGCCCUCGACAUUUCCUCGGCAUUCACCAUCAGAAUCGCCGUGUCCGAUGCCGUAUUCUCCAUUGCUGAGAUCAACAUUGGGAUUGCUGCUGAUAUAGGUACUCUCCAACGUGUCCCUCGUUUAGUCAACAACAAGUCUAAGUUGUUCCAGCACGCAUUAUUGGGUGACAAAUGGGGUGCCCAAGAGGCAUUGGAUUUAGGUUACGUAAGUUGCAUUGUUGACUCCAUUGAUGCCGGAAUUAAGAUUGCUAAAGCAUGGGGAGAAAAGAUAUGUGAUCUGGAAAGAUGGGCUUUGCGUGGUACUAAGCAACAUAUCCAGGAUAUUCUCAAUGGAGGCACCAUGGAAGAUGGAUUGAAGUCUAUUCAAAAGUAUAACGCUUUUCAUAUUGCUCGUGCUGGUAUGAAUACUAAGUUGUAAGCUUUAUGUAUGUGUAAUAUAUCCGGGUAAUCUUUCCCGAUUCG